AGCCGGGCUGGCUGCGGCGGCCGGUGGGGCUCGCACUGCCGGGAUGGACGGCGAGCGCCUGGCGUCGGGUUCCUCGGAGCUGGCGGUCGGUGAGAGCCCGCGGGGCGGCGCCCCGAUCCCGGAUGGCAGCGGUUCCUGCAGCCUGCUGCAGGCCGACGUGCUGGAUCUGGACGAGGACGAGGACGACUUGGAGGUGUUCAGUAAGGAUGCCUCACUGAUGGACAUGAACUCCUUCAGCCCUAUGAUGCCAACAUCUCCUUUGUCAAUGAUAAACCAAAUCAAGUUUGAAGAUGAAUCUGAUUUAAAGGAUCUCUUCAUUACAGUUGAUGCACCUGAAAGCCAUGUUACUACAAUUGAAACUUUUAUCACUUACAGGAUCAUAACCAAGACAUCUCGUGGGGAAUUUGAUUCCAGCGAAUUUGAAGUCAGGCGACGUUAUCAAGAUUUCCUUUGGUUGAAGGGGAAACUGGAGGAAGCCCACCCCACGCUCAUUAUUCCACCAUUACCAGAAAAGUUUAUCGUGAAAGGGAUGGUGGAACGAUUCAAUGAUGACUUCAUAGAAACCCGCAGGAAGGCAUUGCAUAAGUUUCUCAACAGGAUUGCUGAUCAUCCAACUUUAACAUUUAACGAAGACUUCAAGGUUUUCCUCACCGCACAAGCCCCGGAACUAUCGUCUUACAAGAAGCAAGGACCCAGCUUGCUGAGCAGGAUGGGCCAGACAGUCAGAGCUGUGGCAUCCUCCAUGAGAGGAGUGAAGAAUCGCCCAGAUGAAUUCAUGGAAAUGAAUAACUUCAUUGAAACAUUUAGCCAGAAAAUUAAUUUAAUAGACAAAAUAUCUCAGAGAAUCUACAAGGAAGAAAGGGAUUAUUUAGAUGAAAUGAAAGAAUUUGGUCCCAUUCAUAUUCUGUGGUCAGCGUCAGAGGAAGACCUAGCUGACACAUUGAAAGGCAUCGCCAGCUGCAUUGACCAGUGCUGUAAGGCCACUGAGAAGAGGAUGACUGGCCUGUCAGAGGCCUUGCUGCCUGUUGUCCAUGAAUACGUGCUUUACAGUGAGAUGCUAAUGGGUGUUAUGAAAAGAAGAGAUCAAAUACAAACAGAACUGGAUUCCAAAGUUGAAGCUUUGACCUACAGAAAAGCCGAUGCUGAUCUGCUUACAGAGGAAAUCGGAAAACUUGAGGAUAAAGUGGAAUGUGCUAACAAUGCGUUGAAAGCAGACUGGGAACGGUGGAAGCAGAACAUGCAAAAUGAUCUCAAGUCAGCAUUUACAGACACAGCCGAGGAGAAUAUCCGAUACUACGAACAGGAUUAUCUGAUUCCAUCAGAAGACAAUUACAAUGUGGAAAAUGGUGACAGUAUUCAAAUGAAAGUAGAACCCUGUGGUUGGAGUUCCCUUGGUUGCAUAAGCUUGAUUAGGCUGGCUGGGUUGAUUCUACAGAGACUUAGAUAUGCCUUGCUACAUGGGAAUCAUUCCUCACAUCACAGACUGACCUCCCCUUGGAAGAGGACUCUGAAGAUAAAAUUUAAUCCUAUUGACACCUCCUGUUUGAUCUUUGAGAGACAGCAUCUAUCAACCAAAGUUGUUUUUUUCUGGAUUGGCUGUGCCCUUUAUAAAGUGGAUGACAAAUGAUUUUGCACUGGCUGGAAAACCAACAACUUACAAACUCAGGUAUUCCAGGUCAUCAACGUGAAUUUGUGAUAUAAAUAUAUCUAUCUAGAUACAUAGAUCUGUUAUAUGAUGUAUAUUCUGUAGAUCUAUAGAUCUGUUAUAUGGAUAGAUAUUUAUCUAUGUCCAUGUAGAUAGGAAGAGAUUUAGUGUAGUUUUAAUUUUGUUCUUAAAUUUAUGUGCCAUUAAUUGCAGAUAGAGUUUUUUUCUUACAUAUUUGACUGUGGAAAAUUACAUUUUUCAAUAUGUUGUAAAGACUUGGUUUUAAUAAAAUCUUUAAUAAGAACUUGGUGUCUAUGAUGUGUUUUUUUCUGUCAGAGGUCAAACUCCCAAAACAGUUUUUAACACUAAUUCAGUAUGUAUUAUCAAUGUUAUUUUGCAUGUAUUUUAAUGCUAUCAUAAUUUACAUUGACAUUAAGAAUUUGAAAUAAAUAUAAAAAUUAUUGAACAUUAAUAAUGAUUGCUUAUGUUUUUAUUAAAAAUUAAAGUAGCUGUUUUCAUCAAUGUAAAAAUUUUCCAAAGUAAACUUUGAAUUAUUAUUUGUCUUAUUAUUUGGAAAUCCUCAUAUAACCUCAUUCAUACUAACGAAAGGUUUUUCUGUUUUGGCGAUUAUUUGAAUAUAUUUACAAGUCACAUCCACUUUUUAAUUUUUUAAGGCAUACAAUAUCUUGAGUCUACCUAUUACAAGGCUGUGCUGUGGGUUCUUGUGGGCCACAGUGAUGAAGAAUGUUACUUUACAAUUAGCAUAUGGUUCUUUCAGAAAUGACUUGCCAAAUCACAGACUUCCUUCACUCUCUCAAAGCAAUUAGCUUCAAAACAAACAAACAAACAAACAAAACACAGGCAGACCAUGGUUUGAGUGGUACAUGCCAAUAACUAUUACGUGGAAUCAAUGAAAAUCAUACCAUAUUUAAAAGCAGCUGUUAUUAUAAAACAAUUCUAACUUAUAUAAUUGCUUGGAGGCAGAAAGUUCAGUUAUUUCUAAUGAACUCACUUCCUUGUUUCACUUCAGUUUCCGGCAGAAAAACUCAAAGCAUUUUACCUUAAUUGACUAAUCAAUCAAAAAAGAAGAUUGGAGACAGGUUCUCACUAUGUCAUCCUGGCUGGCCAGGGACUUUCUAUAUAGAUUAGGCUGUCUAAAUUCACAGAGAUUCAUCUGCCUCUGCCUGCCAGGUAUUGGGGUACUCUAUUGGUAGAAUGCUAGUCUUCCAUUCACAAAAACCUGGUUCAGUCACUAGCACCACAUAAACUGGUAAGGUGGUGCAAGCCUGUUUGUCUGGUAUUUAAGGUAGAAUCAGCGAAUCAGGACUUUCUUUGAAGAUAACUUUUGGCUACAUAGCAAGUUUGAAACUAGCCUUUGCUUCAUGAGACUCUGUGGCAUGAGACUCUGGAACAUGGAAUGUGCUGAGGAUGACACAUAUGAGAAUACUGACAACUGAAAACACCCUUUAUCUCUAUCCAAAAUCCACUCUUGCUUGUUUUGACAGUUGUGUAACUUUUCAUAUGUCAUAGGUAAAUCUAUGCUUCAAUCAAAA